GCAAUAGCAGCAUAAGCAAGUGUAACGUAUACAAGUGCGAGAUGCAAAAAUGCUGGAUCUCGUCGACGAUGCUGAGUUGUUCACUCAGCUCUGUCACAAGCACGGUAUCCUCGUCGAGUCCGACGUCGUCAAUGCGGUCAAGUUGAGCUGCACUACGGGAAUCCUUCGCCUUACGCACACGUCGGUCCUGGCGAACCUCUGCGACGUAUUGGCUCAAGUGCUGAGCUCCAGUUCGAGCAUCAAAGUCCUCGACUUGAGCGACUGCAUGCUGCUGCCUAAAGGGCUGACGAGGAUCUUCAAAGCCCUGUGCGGUCCUUCGAGCGUCAGUUCGCUGUACCUUCGUGGCAACAACAUCGGCGGCGAUUUGGCCGAGGAACUCGGCGAAACUCUCGCGAAGAACAACAGCGUCCGAGUUUUACACGUUGAAUGGAACAAUCUGGGCUCGCGGGAGGACUCGUUUGGCAAAUUCUGCGACGGCCUGGCGCGGAACCACUGCGUGGAGGAGCUGGAUCUGAGGUACAAUCAGGUGUCGACUCUGUGCGCCGAUGCGCUCGCGGACGCGCUGAGAAAGAAUCGAAGCUUGCGCAAGCUCAACUUGGAGUGGAACUCGCUGGGGACGACGGGCGGUCAGAAGCUCCUGCAAGCACUCGGGCACAAUACCAGGCUGACGUCCUUGUCGCUGAAAGGGAGCUGCGUGCCGAGCGACAUCUGCUCGGCGAUCAACGACAAAGUCAGCGAAAACCUGGAGAAGCAGGUGCUCUUCCAGUCGCCGUUGGCGCGGGAUCAACGACUACGGUCGCCGAUCGCCGCGCGAGGAGGUAGCGUGCUGCACUCGCCGUCGCAUUCGAGCGAGGAAGGCGCGGCAACGUCGAGGUCGCAGAAAAAAAAACGCGGCGACAGGCCGGCUCCUGCUGCGCCGUCGGGAAACGAGGAUAGCAACGGCCUCGACGACAAACUCGAAGGCUUGAAUAAGAUUCUGAAGGAGCGGUCGGACAGCAUAGAUCGGUUGAAGGCAGAGUUGGAAGGCAAGAGUACCGAGCUGGAAGCGAAAAGCGCGGAGAACCAAGAGUUAAAGGCCGAGAUUCGGAAGCUCCAAGAAGAGCACGAGAAGGUUUCGCAGGAGAAGCUGAAAGAAGUCGACAGUCUCAAGAGAAUUCACGCGAAGGCCGAAGCCGCUUGGAAGGAAUCUUACCGCGAACUGGAAGAAACUCUGCAGACGACGUUCGCUGCGAAAACCGACCUGGAAUCCAAGACGCGCAUCCUCGAGAAGGACUUGCGCAAGUGCUCGUUGGAGCUGCAGUCGACCAAAGAUAAAUUCACGUCGACGAUUCGAAGCUACGAGGAUUCGAUGUCGGACUGCAAGCUGGAGGCUUACCGAGCGAAGCGCGAGUUUCAGGAACGCGAGGCGCACUGCAAAAUCGAAGGCGACGCGCUGAAGAAGAGCUUGAAGGAAACGUCCGAGGCGUUGGAGAAGUGCCAGCAGCAGUUGCAAAAGCUGCGGGACGAGCUGAGGGAAUCGUUGGAGGUACAGGCGAAACUGAAGAUCAGGACCGACGAAGCCGAAAGAGUUGCCUCGAGGACUGCCAGAAUCGAGGAAUCGUUGAGGAAGUGCCGAGAGGAUAGGGACGCGGUUGAGGCAAAGCUGCUCGAGGCGAGGAGUACAGUUGCGACGUUGCAGAAACAGAUAAUACGCCUGCAAGAAGAAUCCAUUGAGCCACAAAAGCGAUAUGACUCGGUCAAGUUGGAGCUUCAACUCGAGCGUGAAAAGUCGUCCAAUCUGACCGUGGAAUUGCAAGCCGAGAGGGCGAGGAUGAGGGAGCAAACCGAGCAAAUGCAGAAAAUGUUGGGUCAAGUGAACGCAUUGUACGCGCAGCUGAGCGAAGAGCAGAGAAGUCACGCCGAGAAAUUGAGGGAGAAGGAUAAACAGAUUGAUAAAACGAAGGAUGCUGUGGCACUGAAGGCAAGAGAGUUGAGUGAGUUUAAGGCUGAACAAAUUCGAAAAGCACAACAAUUUCAAGCUGCCGUAAACAAGUAUUUGGGUUCUUUUGGAACUACCGUAGCCAUCACUUGAACAAUCCAAAAUACACGUAUAAUAAUUUUUCACUAAAAGUGAUAUUUGAUCGACAAGAAAUAUUUUUUGAUAUAUGUAUUUUACUAAACUAUUUUAUGUAUUAUACAGAAAAGGUACAUAAGAAGAUAUUCUUGUGUUCAUUAGUUGAGGUGUAAGUUAAGAAUAAUAAUAGUAAUCAUGAA